AGACUCCACAUCACAGGACAACAGUGUGCAUCUCACUGAGGAUUACUUUGUGUGUGAGUGUGUGUGUGUGAAUUUAUCACACCUAUAUACAAGCUUAACUGGAACUUUGUAGGAGAAUGGUACCUUGAUACCUGGCUGAGGUGCAUGUGUGUGAGGUGUGUAUGAGUUUCUGGAGGAGGUAUAGGAAGAUCUUGCUACAGCAGGCAAGAAACACGGGUGUAGCAACUUGAUGAUCAUCACAAUCGCUUGUUAGCAGAAAUAUCAGUGAACUAUAGCGGACAGGGAGAUGGAGUUUCGAUUUGGCUUCAGGAUCAUUUUGGUCCUGACCAUACUGGCUUUGGCGUUGUAUGGAGGUGGCGCUGAAGGACAAAGGGCAGAUGUUCUGUGUCCCAACAUGAAAGUUCAAGCAGGCCGUUUUCGGCAAAACAGCACCAGGAAUUCCGCAGGACUGACGGAGGUGCCAGGUUUUGAUUUAAUGGAAUACUUCAAUGUGAGAGAUUUACUCGGUGAGCAGUUUGAGCCGGGUCAGACCCCCUAUGUUCGGCUCGGUACCAUGCCCAUCGUCCAACAAACAGAAGAUGUGUUGCCUCAAGGUCUACCUGAUGAAUAUGCAUUUGUGACUACAUUUAAGUUCAGAAAGACCUCUCGUAAAGAAGACUGGUACCUGUGGCAGGUCAAUGACAAAUAUGGCAUCCCACAGGUUUCGAUCCGUCUGGACGGGGAAAAUAAAGCAGUGGAGUACAAUGCCAUUGGCCUGAUGAAGGAUGCUGUCCGGGCGGUCUUUAAAAACCCAGAGGUGGACAACCUGUUUGACCUUAACUGGCAUAAGAUUGGUAUGAGGGUGGACUCCAAGUCUGUGUCCCUGUUUCUGGACUGUAAACACAUUGCCUCACUGCCCAUAGAGGACAGAGGAGACAUCGACAUCCAGGGAAAGACCGUCAUCGGCAAGAGACUCUACGACAGCGUUCCCAUUGAUUUUGACCUUCAGAGGAUGGUGAUCUACUGUAAUGGUAAACAGCCAGAGCAGGAGGCAUGCCAUGAUAUUCCCGGUGGCCCUGUUCAGAUGGCAGGACUCAAAGGGGAGACUGGCGUCCCUGGCUCACAUGGGCCCCCAGGUGCCGAUGGCCCUCCUGGACCUCCUGUUCAGAUGGCAGGACUCAAAGGGGAGACUAGGGUCCCUGGCUCACAUGGGCCCCCAGGGGCCGAUGGCCCUCCUGGACCUCCUGGCCCACCUGGACCCCCAGGUAUAGCUGGGGUGCCUGGUGAGAAUGGACAUAGGGGUAAAAAAGGUGAUGCAGGAUUGCCUGGAGUUGAUGGUAUCCCAGGACCACCUGGUCCUCAAGGGCCUCCUGGACCUGCUGGUAGCCCUGGGCAGCUAGGACAUCCAGGAUUACCUGGUGAAAUCGGAUUUUCGGGAAAACCAGGAGAACCAGGAAAACCAGGCAUGCCAGGAAAGGAUGGACUGAACGGUUUCCCUGGAAACGAUGGAGAGAAGGGGCAAAGAGGAGAACCUGGACAGGAUGGCUUCCCUGGCAAUCCUGGGCCAAAGGGAGAUGAAGGCCCUCCGGGGCCACGAGGACCUGCGGGUGAACGGGGAGAACCUGGAUUAGCUGGGCAGUCUGGCCUAGUUGGACCCAAUGGAGAGAGAGGAGGCCAAGGAGAGAGAGGAAGAGAUGGACCAACUGGAGCAAAAGGAGACAAAGGAGACAGGGGUGAGAUGGGCCCCAGUGGGCCAGCAGGGGCCCCAGGAAAUGUGGCCAAUGUGAUCCCUGAACCUGGUGAACCGGGCAAUCCCGGAGAGAAAGGAGAGAAAGGGGACCAAGGAAAACCAGGCGAGAUGGGUCAAAGAGGGCUUCCUGGAGAGCAGGGCUUCAGAGGACAACUCGGAUCUCUGGGCCCUAAGGGUGAUUCGGGUGAUAAAGGAGAGGCCGGGAGAAACGGAGAUCCAGGUCCACCAGGAUUGACGGGCCCUCAGGGGCCCAGAGGACUGCCAGGCAAUGUGGGUAUUCAGGGCAGUAUCGGCCCACCUGGUGUUGCUGGACAGAGAGGAGAGAAGGGUGAUGCAGGCAAAGAUGGUCACCCUGGACCCCCCGGUACAACUGGUGAGCAGGGUUUAAGAGGAGAAAUCGGUUUGCCAGGAAAAGGCAAAGAAGGAGCAAAGGGUGAUACAGGACCUCCGGGGCCAGCCGGCCCUCCAGGACUGAAGGGUCUGCCUGGUCCUCAGGGAAUGCAGGGGAUGCCAGGAAACAGAGGACCUCCAGGAGAAGGGACAACUGGACCCCCAGGGCCUCCUGGACCCGCUGGGCCACAAGGAGCAGCGGGUUUGAGUGGACCUCCCGGAGUGAGCGGACCACAGGGACCUGCAGGACACAAUGGUUUGCCAGGAAGACCUGGUGAAAAGGGCUUCCCUGGAGAACCGGGAAAAGCUGCAGACCUUUCUGAUCUGAAUCUGAAGGAUGUUUGCUCAGAAUGCCCUCCAGGACCAGCUGGACCCCUGGGUAUGCCUGGAGCUCCAGGUGACCAAGGUCAAACUGGGCCACCUGGAAAAAAUGGCCAAGAUGGCUAUCAGGGCCCACCUGGACCAACAGGACCUCCAGGGAAACCUGGUGCUGAUGGAACCAAGGGGGUCAAAGGUGACACUGGACCUCCAGGUACACCUGGCGAUAAAGGUGAAAAGGGGCCCCCAGGACCUCCUGGUUAUCCAGGGGCUGCAGGAGCCAUGGGUCAACCUGGUAAUGAUGGAAACCCAGGUCCUAUUGGGCCACCGGGAAGUCCUGGAGAAAAGGGUAAAGAAGGGCUAAAGGGAAUCCAGGGACCUCCAGGUCUGCCAGGUUUAAUGGGCAUGAUGGGUAAAUCUGGAAAGGAUGGAAGAGCAGGAGAACCAGGAGAUCCGGGCAAGCAGGGUGAGCCCGGAACACCAGGCAGAGACGGACUCAGAGGAAUGCCUGGUUUCAGAGGUCAUAGAGGGGAACCAGGACCAUCAGGCUCAAAGGGCGAAGAAGGGAAGCAGGGAACUCCUGGACAUGAAGGUCCACCUGGGAAAGAUGGGAACGCAGGACCACCAGGGCCAGAGGGCAUGAGGGGGCCAAGAGGAGAACCGGGUCAACCAGGAGAACCAGGAGCACAAGGCAAGUCCGGAACUCAGGGAAAUCCGGGUCAGCCAGGACACAAAGGUGAGGCGGGGAGCCCAGGAUUACCUGGUUUUCUAGGCCCGAAAGGACCAUCGGGUCCGCCUGGUCCAGCUGGCCUGGAGGGCAAACAAGGUAUACAAGGAAGCCCAGGAGACAGAGGACACAAGGGAAACAAGGGUGAUAAUGGAAUUAAAGGAGACAAAGGACCCACUGGAGAUCCGGGCAUGCCAGGUCACCCUGGGCCUCCAGGAAGGAAGGGUCACACAGGGAUGAUGGGCAUGGAGGGACCCCCAGGGGAAGUAGGUCCUGCUGGGCCCCCUGGUCAACCAGGACAGCCGGGUCUCCCAGGAAUCAGAGGGGAGACGCCAUCAAUGGAACAAUUGCGACGGCUGAUUCAAGAGGAGCUAGCCAAACAAUUAGAUGCUAAGUUGGCCUACCUCAUGGCUCAAAUACAGCCCGCUCAUAUCAAAAGCCCGGCUGGACGUCCCGGGUCACCUGGUCCCCCAGGUAUAGAUGGAUCCCCUGGCCGACAAGGCCCACCUGGAGAGUCUGGGAUCCCUGGACAAAAUGGAGCAGAAGGACCCAGAGGCCCAAUUGGUCCUAAAGGUGAACAAGGUGCAAGAGGUGAAAAGGGAGAGGAAGGUGUUGGACAGAGAGGAGAACCUGGUCCAACUGGUCCCAUUGGUCCUGCGGGAAUGCCGGGUUAUGGAAAAGAUGGUCUUCCUGGAUCCGCAGGAGCUCAGGGACAACCUGGUAAUCCUGGCCCACAUGGUCAGCCUGGACCACCGGGACCACCAGGCCAGUGUGACCCCUCCCAGUGUGCAUACUAUGCCAGCCUGGCCUCAAGACCUCACACUAAAAAUGUCAAGGGGACUUAACGCACCUCUUACUGUCCUGGGCUAGCAGCUAUUUAUGAACUUGGACAUUCAGUAAGCCAAGAAUAUCUUCUCUUAAGAUCAAGAGAACUCAAAUCUGGAGCAUCUGAGGGGUGUGUGAAUGUAUGUGAAUGUGUGUGUGUGUGUGUGUGUGUGUGUUUAUAAUAGGCCUUUCACACUGCGCCCAAACCUUGGGUUAACGUCAUCAUAACCCUGGGCUAAGCAAUGUUUCACAUUUGUAAUUUUGAAAGGGUGUUAGUGUUUUUAACCCUGGGAUAGGAAGCCCUGCUGUACCGCACAGUUAACACCGCUUUUGAGGUAUACGGUGUUAUAAUCUUACACCGAGUUGUUUUGCAAUAGACUACCAACCAUAUACUUAACACAGGAGCACGUUGCAUUAUCCAGGCUUAAAAUUGUCAUGUAAAUAAGCCAAAUCUUAAAAGAAAUGGACAUACAUGAAUAUAUAUUUUCAAUCAGCGAGAUAUUGAUCUGUUGUGUAGAGUAAAACUAGAUCAGAUUCACACACGUCGUACAGUUGCAAAAAUAUGAAUGUGCCUUGUUUAGUUUCACAGUCUGGGAAACGGUUACAAAUGUCAAACCAUUUGUACGUUUCCAUGCAUUUUAAAAGUUUGAUUUCAUUCAGUCUAAAAAAUAAUUUGUCAUUUUAUUAUGUCAUGCAAACGCGUUAGUUUGACUGAAAUCGUACCAGAUCGAUUUUUGCAAAGUCGUACUAACAGACUUUGGUAAUGCAAUUGUAGCUUGGCUUCAUCCAGCAUGUAUACACAUUAAUCCAACCACAAUCUGACCUCUGCAUUAUGCGAUGACUCGCAACGUGUAUUUAACACUUCAUUUGCUGACGUCCUUCCUUGAAAUAUUCGAUUUCGUAUCAUGUCACUUAGCAAAAACUUGCUAUAGCCCGAUUAUAACUGCACAUGCAAAUAUACUGCAUGAACAAAUUAAGUGGUGCGAUGGAGUGACAGUAUUUUUUUAAAAUUAUUCCCAUUGAUAGACAAGCAGUUAUUAAAAAGUGUGCGCAUUGUGAGCUGUGCUUGUCCAGUCGGUGCUAUUAACCUCAUAGUAACAUAGCAAGUAAGAAUGUAAACCCAGGGUUUACAAAAGUACAAUAUAAAAUCUCAAAAAUAUGAAUGCCCCAGGAUUAAUUACUAACCCAGAAUGAAGAGUGUGAAACAUUGAACCCAGUAUCACAUAAACCCAGGGUUAAAAAUGGCCCUUGGUCAACAAUUUCAAGUGUGAAAAGCCUAUAAAUGUCCUGCCGGUCAGAGGAAGAUAUGAUUUUUUUAAGGUGAUUGGGUGAUAUUUAGGAGUUUUAUGUACUGUUACAAAGUAAAAACAUGUCCUACCUUUAUGAUGUCAUAAUGAUACAACUUACCCUCCAAGGUUGUGCCGCCCAUGCUCAAAAGGUUUGCUGACACCAUGUGGUCAGUAAACAGGUAUUGAUCCAGUGUAAGAAACGUCUGUACAGAGUCAGGAUGUGUUUAUCUAGUCUGGGGAAUUUUCUACUUGAGGUUUAUCGAUGAAGCACUCUGUUCCGCUGGAGGAAAAAAGACAAAGCAGGGUAUUAUUUCCCUCAUCAGUACCUGAUCUCAACAAGGACCAUUAGAGGUCUUGAAAGAUGUGAGGAAAUGCAUACAGUGCCUUUUAUCUGCUCUUUUUUUUAAUGUAGCCAUAUGUUUGUAAGACCUCUUUUUUUAAGCCAUGAAUUGUGGGGAAAAUAUGCAGUUUUAACAUUUAGAUCAUUAAACAUAAGUUUUUCGAUGGCUUUUGUUUCCUCAGGCAGUUUUUCACAUUUUUAGACUUUAAAGAGGAUUCAAAGCCUUGGUAGCACAGCUGGUUUGUCAUAUAAAAUUACCACUGAAGGUUUGAGGAAUGUUCUGGGUUCAAUAUAAGUUAAGCUCAAUCGACAGCACUUGUGGUAUAAUGAUGAUUACCAUAUAAAGUCCUUUUUAAAAAAAAAAAAGAAGCCAAACUCGAGGUUACAGAGAGGCAUUUACAGUGGAAGUGCAUGGGGACGAUGUUUUGGAGGGUUAAAUGGCAGAAUUGUGAAGCUUAUAAUUUAAUAAAAGCACUUACAUUAACACUUCUGUUAAAACAUGUAUUAUCUGAGCUGUAGAGUUGUUUAAAUUGUAAUUUUUAUGCUCGUUUUAGGGUUUAUGGUGUUACGUCGUCAUGGCAAGAAGCUGUUAAAUUGGAUAUAACUUUGCACAGUUACGGUUAGUUAGUGAUUUUAGCACAUUUAAAUCAUGUUAACCCACAAAUUGUUUACAUGUUGUGGCUAUACUUUUGAAACAGUGAGCAUUUUAACAUUUACAGAUUGGCCCCAUUCGCUUCCAUUGUAAGUGCUUCACUGUAACCCUUUUAAAGCUACCCUAUGUAAGAUUUUAUUAACAAAAUAAUAAAAAAUGUAUGAUCAAGUACACCAACAAUCCGUCUUCCAAACCAUGUAUUUGCCUUAUACCCAGACAGGGGCGAGGCCAGAAGAGUAAAAUGAACUUUUCCACCCCACUUGCCAACCCAACUCGGACCCCACUCACAUCCUGGAGAAGGUGUGCAAUGGCUUAACCCGUCCGUGUUGCACAUGGUCCAUAACAACGUUCCGCUCGUGUGUGGGACGAAACAGCCUUCAAACUAGACCAGGGGCCGGUUGCAUAAAACUGUUUUAGACUAGUCUACUAGUUAGUCGUCUAAAAUGUUGGUCUUAAUUUUUUCAGUCAGUUGCAUAAAAACUUCAGUCUAAUUAAAGACCAAAAUGUAAGACAGCACACCUCAGGCUAACUUUUGUUUACAUUCCAUUUUGCCAUUGAAAAUAACUGUCAGCUGAGCCAGCGGGGGCUGAAAGGGGCUUGAGUUGAGACUUGGUUGAAGACUUUGACCUCAAAAAUGGUAACAAAAUGUUGUGUUUUUAAUUAUUUGGGUUAAAUCACUAAAUGUGUUCAUUAAAAAAAAAAAUUUAAGCAUUGUAGUCCUCUAAUAAGCAAAUAUUCUCAGCGAAUAAAAAUUUAUUGAGCGUCCACUGUCGGCCAUUUUUUUAAGCUGUUCAGUGUCUUAUUUUUCCCACAAUGCAAUGCAAAUUAGACUGUCUUACUAAAGACAACUGUUAGCUUGUUUUAUGGCUUUCUAUGGCGUCUUUAGCUAGUCAAACUAAUUGUUAGAUGCAGUCUAAUGGCAGUUAAUGGCUAUGUUUAUGCAACCAGCCCCAGAUCUCUAGACCAGUUACAACCUUGGUCUAUUUGCUUGCUAGCUAAGCUAUAAUGGUUCCCACCGUUUUACUUUCUAAUAUGUCUAGAAAUCGUUAUGUCUAAUGCACUCAUUAUUUAUUUUGAAAUAAACUACACUACUAAUCAAAACUACAGACAAAGAUGUGCAACUUACCUGCUAAUAAGACAUAUCUUUUCGGAUAUCCGUCUUUUUCUUCCUUUGUUUUUGUGGGUAGGGGCGAGUUUUGUUGUUGUUAGUGGCAUUUGGUGUGAUAAGUCGAUCGUUUGUAUCCAUGGUUACAACGGUACUCGCAGAAGAGCAGAGCCAAAGCUUGACUGAUGUCAUUUCCAUAGCAAUGUUCCUCCGCGAGUAACUUGCAGUUCUAUGCUUCAACCGCUAGAGGGACAAAAGUUACAUAGUGUAGCUUUAAGGGGGUGAAAAGUCUAAAUACAUUUUUGUGGUCACCAACAUUGUCACAAAUGCUGUUAAUUAAUAUUAAAGUCUCUUGUAUUGAAGCCGGACUAUUAAAAAUAUAAUUUAAAGCAAAUUAAGGAGUUUCUGUCAUGAUUUAUGACACCCUCUCACUCACUCACCCUUACAGAAAAGUAUGACUUUAUCUGUAAAACACAAAAUGAGAUGUUUUGAAUAAUGUGCAUGCUGCUGUUUUCCAUACAGUGAAAGCAUAGAGACCAGGGGCUGUCAAGCUCCAAGAAAGCCAAAAAAGUAUGACUAGUGCACUUUCAAGUCUUCUUAUGCUAUAGUUUGUGUAAGGAACAGACCGAAAUGUACAUACAAUUUUUACUGAAAAUUUUUCCCUCCACUGCAGCGCUGAAAUCUCAUUUGCACUUUGCAUAUUCAAACAUGCCGUACCACAUUCAGUUAUGAAAUAUGCAAGAACCAAAGUCAUUUGUUGUCAGUGGCAUUAUAAUUUGAAUUUGAAUAUGUGAGCAAAUUAGUUUUCAGAGAGAGGGGAAGAUUAUCAGUGAAUACGACUUGUCUGUCUGUCUGUUCCUGUAUCAAAUGUAUCAUAUGGCUUCAGAAGACUUGGAAUAUACUGCAUGAAUCAUAUUUGACACUUUUAAUAUACAACUUUUAUACUUAAAUAGUAAGUUUUGCAGCUUGAAAGAUUUAAACACAUGCUUUUGUUGUACAGAAAAAGCAGCUUGAACAUUCUUCAGAAUUUAUGCUUUAUAAGUCAUGACAGAAUUUUCAUUUUGGGGUGAAAUGUCACUUUAAUCACCCAGAUUGCUCCCUUCUGAGCCAAUUAAAGCUGUCUGUUUGUUGAGUUUUUAUCCUCAUUAAAGGUGCUGUAAGUGAUAUGCAUAUGUUGGAAACAAUACAUUUAAUGCAUACAAGUCAAUCAGAAAUGUUUUAUGCCCGUCAGUCAUAUUGCAUGUUCAAGUUUGCUGACAUCCGAUUGGCUAACAUGUCUUUAGAGGACAAGGUUUUGGAUAGAGAAAGUUUCCAAAAUGGUGGAAAUGAGCAAAACCACUGAAAUCGGUUACAGCACCUUUAAAGGAAUAUUCUGGGUUCAAUACAAGUUGAGCUCAAACAACCGUUUUUGUGGCAUAAUGUUGAAUACCACAGAAAUUAAUUUCAACUUGUCCCUCCUUUUCUUUAAAACAAAAGCAAAAAUUUGAGCGACAGUAAUGCACGAAAAAUGGAAGUGAAUGGGGCAAAAAUCUGUAAACGUUCGCUGCUUCAAAAGUUUUGCUAAAAGAUGAAAAACACUUUUCUGUGUUAUAUCCAAUUUUACAUCUUUGUUGCCAUGACAACGUAUCUCCGUAAACCCUUAAUACGGUAUGACUGUUAAAACGACAAUUUAAAAAAUCUUUACAGCUCAAAUAUUAAACAAGUUUUAACAGUUCUUGUGCUUUUAGUCAAUUAUACGCUUAACAUUUUUGCCUUUUAACCCUCCAUAAAUAGGCCCCAUUAACCUCCGUUGUAAGUGCCUCCAUGUAACUUCGAUUUUAUAAAAAAAAAUAUUUGAAUGUGAUAAUCAACAUUAUGCCACAAAUGCUGUCAAUUGAGCUUAACUUGUACUGAGCUCAUAAUAUGCCUUUAAAGAAGGAGGUAAUGUUACAGGUAUGCGGUUCUGCUUGCACCCAAAAAAGCAACAACAAUUUUACCAAAUCUUUUACUAUUUCGUAUGUUUGCAUACAUAAUUAUUCCCAUGUUAAGAACAAAUGUAAACUGUUAUUAUUGCAUAUAUGUCAUCGUUUGCCCUGCCUCGAGGACUCGCAUUCAAGCAAUGUUUUGAUGCAACUUAAUUUGAGAAACUGGUCUUAUGCAAAUGUAUGUAAAUCCAUAGUGAUUUUGUCAAUGCAAGCCAAAGAAAAACACGCUAUCAGCAUCUCAGUCAUUUUCUCCGCCACUUCAUAUCCACUUGUUAAUUUGGCUUCUUUAAGCCAUUAAUGACUGUAAUUUUUUUUUUUACAUCAAUUUGCAUUAAAUUAUUCUAAUGAGCUACAGGUGCGGGCGAUGUAAAAAUAGCUUAAUUUAUGCAUGGUGUAAUCAACCUAUUUAUACUGAUUCUCUGGUGCUAUAAUUCAUUUGAAUUAGAUUGAUGUGUGUACGUGUGAGGGGGGAGGAGCACAUGUGUUAAUAAAGAGUUGAUCAGGUCCAUUUUAUAGAACUGGGUUGUUAUUGUAAAUAAUCAUAUUUCUAACGUGUGUGUGUGUGUGUGUGUGUGUGUGUGUGUGUGUGUGUGUAUGUACUGUAUUUGGUCUUCAACGGCUCUGUGAUUGAUUUACAGGUUUAGAUGCUUCAUUCUUUCAAAGUUAUCUAAAUAAAAAAUAAAGAAAAAAGAUCAAAUGGAUGAUUUUCACAAAACCUCUCAAGAAAAUGAACUGGUCCUACUUAACUCAAAAUCAUACAAAACAAAUAAGUUCUAUUUUGCAUAU